AAAAUAUUGGUUUAGAAGAUAUUUUUAAAAAAGUAACAUAUAGAUUUGAUAAUAUCAAUAAAAAUAUGCAAUUAUGUUUGAUAGAAGAAAACUGGAAAAAAAUAACAGCAAUUGAUAUACCAAUUAAUUAUAUACAUUUAUUAUUCUCAUGUUUAAACAUUAAAGGACAAAAAUCUGAAUCACAAAGAAUGCCUUUUGGUAUAAAAAGAGUUAAUAAAGAAAAAAGUAUAAUACUUUAUUGUUGUAAUAGAGAAAAACUCUCAGAACCUGAAGAUACUACUACUACAAACCAAGAUCAAAAUCAAAAUUUACCACUACCACUACCUAAAGAAAGAAUAUUUGAUUAA